AUGUCGCAGUCCUUGGAGCGCACGUCAUCUCUCUCCUCCAACCACCACGCCGCUGCCGCACCCGACUCUCACAGGGACACCGAUGCCUCCUCAGCCCACCCCCUCUCCCCGCUGGCAGCAGCAGCAGCGGCGUCACCCCCGGACAUGGUGACGUUGGUGCGGGCGGUGGCGCACGGGGGGGAGGCGGAUCGCAUGGAGGCAGUGGCGGCCAUCAGGGCGCUCGUCAAGGGCAGCCGCGACAACAAGGCUCGCCUCAUUGCCGCGGGGGGAGUGCCGGCACUCGUGCGUGUGCUGCGCCAUGCCCACCCCGCCAUCAAGGAGCAUGCGGUUACCGCCAUCCUGAACCUCUCCCUCGUGCCCGGUGCACCCGCCAUCAUCGCCUCAGUGGGGGGGAUAGACGCCGUGGCGGGUGUGCUGCAGUCAGGGUCACAGGUGGCACGGGAGAACGCCGCAGCAGCGCUCUUCGCCCUCUCAGUGGAUGACGGCAACCAGUGUCUGGUGCGGCGCGCAGGGGCGGUACUGCCGCUGGUGGACGUGCUGCGGUCGGGCAGCACGCGCGGGCGCAAGGACGCGGCUCUGGUGCUCUUCAACCUGUCGCGCGACCAGCGCAGCCGCGCUGAGAUCGUGGCGGCGGGCGCGGUGGGCGUGCUGGUGGGCAUGCUGGGCAGCGAGGAGGGCGGGCUGGAGGAGAAGGCCAUGGCCGUGCUCGCCAACCUCUGCCGCAUGCCCGAGGGGUGCGAUGAUGUGCUCGACCUGCCCGGGGCCAUACCGACGCUGGUGCGUGUGGUGGCGCACGGGUCACAGCGUGCCAAGGAGGACGCGGUGAUGACGCUGCUGAUGCUGGCGAAUAGCGAGCCGGCGAGCUGCCAUGCCAUGCUGGCGGAGAGCAUGGUGCCGGCGCUGCAGCAGGUGGCGCAGACGGGGUCGCAGCGGUCAAAAGGCAAGGCCAGGGCGCUGCUGGACCUGCUCAGGAGCCAGGCGCAGAGGGGGCGAGGGGGCGCAGACAGGUGA